CGGCGGCCUCGCUUCCUGCCUCGGCCUGGCAUCGCCUGCGCUCCCGGCUCGUCCCUCCCGGCGGAGGGAGGCGAUGGAGGGCGCCGGGGACGAGCCCCUGGUGCAGUGUCCCGUGUGCCUGCGGGAGCUGCCGGGCGCGCAUAUCAACUCGCACCUGGACCGAUGCUUGCAGGCCGGGGAGGGCGAGGGAGAGGAGCCGGGCUUGUCGCCCCCCUCCAAACGGCCGCGCCUCGCCGCAGCCUCGCCGGGCAGCCGGGCGGAGGCAGAGCGGGAUGACGCCGUCCCGGCCGCUGCUACCCCUGUCUUCUCCCUCUUCCACAAGGGCCGCGGCGGGCAGAGCCCGGGAGUCCCCGGGAGGAGGAACGGGGCAGAGCGGGAAGCGGCCGCCGUGAGGCCGGAGGUUGGAGGCUCAGCGGCGGCGAGCAGCGCGGCCAGCCUGGCGCAGAAGCUGGAGGGGAAGCCCCUGGCCGAGCAGCUGCGGCCUGACACGCUGGGGGACUACGUGGGGCAGGAGCGGGUGCUGGGAGCCCAGACCCUCCUGCGGUCCCUGCUGGAGUCCCACGAAAUCCCUUCCCUCAUCCUCUGGGGGCCACCGGGCUGCGGCAAGACUACACUUGCACACAUCAUAGCCAACAGCAGCAAAAAGAAUGGCACGAGGUUUGUGACACUGUCAGCCACAAGUGCCAAGACAAAUGAUGUUCGAGAUGUCAUCAGCCAAGCCCAGAAUGAAAAAAGACUCUUUAAGAGAAAAACCAUCCUCUUUAUUGAUGAGAUCCAUCGUUUCAAUAAAUCUCAGCAGGAUACUUUUCUUCCUCACGUCGAGUGUGGGACAGUGACCCUGAUAGGAGCCACCACAGAAAACCCUUCCUUCCAAGUCAACGCCGCUCUUCUGAGCCGAUGCCGGGUGAUUGUCCUGGAGAAGCUCUCAGCUGAGGCAAUGGAAGUGAUUCUGAUGCGGGCCGUCAGGUCCUUAGGGGUCCAGGUUUUGGGCCAGUGUGAGAAGGACAGCAGCUCUGCAACUGGCAGCAGCAGCCAGAGCUCAGAGUUUCCAGUGUACAUAGAGGAGAAAGCUCUCAAUACUCUAGCCUACCUUUGUGAUGGUGAUGCAAGGACUGGACUGAAUGGACUUCAGUUAGCAGUUCAGGCCAGAUUAGCAGUGGGGAAGACCACUCCUUUGAAUAUUACCAAAAGUGGUCCUACAGAUGGCAUUCUGAUAACAGAAGAGCAUGUAAAGGAAGGGCUACAGAGAUCUCACAUCCUCUAUGACCGAGCAGGAGAAGAACAUUACAAUUGCAUUUCUGCCCUGCAUAAAUCUAUGAGAGGCUCAGAUGAAAAUGCUUCCCUUUACUGGCUUGCUCGGAUGCUUGAAGGUGGUGAGGAUCCACUCUAUGUGGCAAGGAGGCUGGUGAGGUUUGCAAGUGAAGAUAUAGGGCUGGCAGAUCCUCUGGCUUUAACACAAGCAGUUGCUGCUUAUCAAGGCUGUCACUUUAUUGGAAUGCCAGAAUGUGAGGUCAUUCUAGCACAAUGUGUAGUAUACUUUGCUAGAGCACCAAAGUCUAUAGAGGUGUACAGAGCAUAUGGCAAUGUCAAGGAAUGCCUGAGAACACACACGGGACCUCUGCCACCCGUUCCACUGCAUCUGAGAAAUGCCCCAACAAGGCUCAUGAAGAACUUAGGCUAUGGUAAAGGCUAUAAAUAUAAUCCCAUAUACAAAGAACCUGUUGAGCAGGAUUAUCUACCAGAAGAGUUAAAAGGAACAGACUUCUUCAAGGAACGAAAAACGUGACCACCGUGCUUGGAAUGGGGUUUGAUUUUAUGACUCAGACAUUUGUACUGGGUUUGAAAUUUCCUGUACAGUUUCAGCCAUCUAUUAUUGUGGUUGAGAGUAUUAAGCCACUGAGCCUUUCAGAUACUUUUUUAUCCUGGUUUUACUGCUGUUAUUCUGAAGGUGUUUUGUAAAGCAUUGCAGUUAGUGUAGAAAUACAAAAGUAGGAUUUAUCAGCAUUGUGCUCUCACCCUCUGGUUCAAACAAAAUGGAGAAGAAAUCUGAGAUUCGUAUUUCUGGCUCUUUCUGUGAGGCAAGGAAUAUUAUUAUGCUACUUUUUAAAAUGAGUAUAUAUUUCAGAUUCUGAGAAUGUUUAUUUUCUGGAAAAAAAGUAAAUUGUAUUCUCUCUGCUAAAAUACAGUAAAAAAAAUUACAGUGUAAUUCUUGUUCUUACGAUGUUCCAGAGAUUAAUUUUCUACAUCAUUUAUUGAACCAAUAAAGCUGUUGAGUGAUGUC